AACAAUGAAGAUCAAAAAAUUCAAAAACAUUGAUUUAUUUUACUAUAUUUCACUACCUUUUACUACCUUUGUCCUAUGUACCAUUUUAAUGUGUUUUCUGUUAUAUUUUAAAUACGCGUAUAAUUGUUUCAUUUUGUGAACAAUUAUAUUUUACCUUGUGUAUGCAAUUUGAUUUUUAACUUAUUUUAUAUUUUUGGUUACCAUUUAUCUUUUUAGUAACUAAUUAACUUAAAAAAAAGUUAUUUUAUAGUAAAAUGCCACCAAAAAAGAAGUUGAAGCCCACUCGAAAUAAGGCUGAAGUAUUUCUAGUAAAGAAAGUUAAAGAAAAUCUUUCAUGUUAUAAACUUCCUACUGGCAUAGAGGUUUUGCAAUACUACCUAUAUCUAAGAAACUUGAAUCCCAAAGUAAAGAAAACGGUUUUAAUUAGGUAUCAUUUCGAAAUUAAUUCAUUUGAGCUCAGAUGCCCUCCACAAGCUGACUGUUGUGUAAUGUCUAAAUUGGUAAGGCCAUGGAAUCUUGCAGGGUUCCCUAUCAUAACCUUGGAAAAUAUCAGAAAGAAGAUUGAUAAAAUGGUGAACAACUAUUACAAGUUAAAGAAGAAUAGCAAAAGGAACAGCCCAACAGAUACGAAAAGGAAUGAGGCAUUUUUUGAAGAAAUGUUAAAAAUGCUUUUGGAUUAGUAAAAAAAAAGAAGAACUAAUUGAAGAUAUUAUACAAGACCGGAGAAGGACAUCCGAAGCCAAAAAUGAAGAUAUUGUGUUUAUCUUAGACCAAAUUGGAAAUAGGAUAGGAAGAAUAGGAACAAAUGAUAAAAGGUUUACGUACACUAUUAAGAGAUCCCACAAAAAAUUGUGUUCCAUGAUAAACAUGGAGAUUAAAGUAAACAAUGGUAACAAUCUAUACAGUUUAGAAAACUCUUCAAGUAGUGAUAAUAAUUCUGACUGUGAAUAUGUAGCAGAUAUAAAAAAAGAACAAUCUACCUCUGUUGUUUUGUUACCAUAAAAUAUUUUAAAAAAAACAGCUCUCACAGCAAUAGGUGAAGGACUUUCAGUUGGACAACACACUGCAAUAGUGGCAAGUGUUAUUGCUAAUUCAGGAGGUGAUGUUACUAAUUUUGCAAUAUUUUCUUCAACCGCAUUUAGAGUUGCAGAAGAAGUUGUAACUAAAGAGGGAGAAAAGAUUAAAAAGCACGUUACUGAUCUUGUUAAAUCUUCAUCAUUACCAAUUAUUCUCC